AUGGUGGCCAAUGAACAUAGGAAACGUGUAGAGGAGACUUUGAAUGAUGAGCGUAAGAAAACUCAGCAGGAGAAAACAAAUUAUGAGAAUCAUCUGAAUGAGGAAAGGAUCAAACUCAAUAAAGAGAAGGAAUCAGCAGCAGAUCGGCUUGCAGCCUUUCAAUUGGAGCACAAGAAACUAAUGGAAAAGUAUAGUGCAUUGAAUUCAGAGAUGGAGGAGCUAAGUCGGAACAAUUUGGAGCUCAUGCAGGAAAAGAACCAGCUGCAGGAAGCAAAGGAGGAAGUUCAAAAUCAGUUGGAUCUUAAAACCCAGGAAGUUAAACUUCUCAAGGUGAGCAUCACUGACCUUCAGGGCUCGCUAGCUUCCUUGAAGCAGCUGCAGCAGCAGCAAGACACAACUGAUCUUCAAGCAAAAAAUCAGGCCUUGCAACAGAAAGUCCAUUUAUUGCAGGAUCAGCUGAAGCAGUGCCUGGCAGGGAAGAGCACAUCCAAAGCUGCUCAGCCUGGGAAUGUGGGAGAGAAAGUACCAAUUGCAGCACCUCACAGUUCCAGUUCACCCUCAGUGAACAAAUUGCCAGAACCUCAACACUUCCAAGAGGAGGAGCCCAAGGGUGUGUUGCAGCCACCAAUGGAAGAUGACAAACAAGAAGAACAGCAUGUAGAACAGGGACAUCCUAUACAUGCACCAAGGCACUUUAAUUCCAGGGAUAGAGAGAAGAAAGAUGCCUUUGCUGCUGCUCAGCAGAGGGUGGAGAAUCAAGGAGUGCUGGCCCCACCCCCAGAUGAGUCGCAGGGGAGGGGAAGCAUGAAGUCAAGCACAACAAAGAAAAGCAAUGUGCCAAAUCUCUUCCCUUACUCACAAGGGAAUAAAAUUCCUCUUCAUCCAAAGCAGGGAGAUCGGAAGUUCCAUCCUGGAGCUGGGAUUCGGAGUGAUGACUUUAACCUUGGCCGUGUGUGGAGAAAUCCUGUCAAUGGAGUUCAGUUCCCUGCAUUUCAGCAUGGAAGCGAAAAUGAAAUACAGGAUGACCAUGCUGGAGGAGGAUACAUGAAUCGGAAUCAAUUGCCAGUUCCUGGUCCUGGGGAGCAGCUUCAAUGGAAAUUAAUUCAACCUGCUCAUCCUCAAGCUGCCCAGCAUCCUGCCUACCUGCAAUCUCGACAGCUUGCAUUACCGAGACACAGAGCACCUGAAGCUGGGCAACAGUUUGCUGACUUUGAGAAUGAAGAUGAUGGGAGGAAUGACAAAUAUGAUGAUGCAUUUGCAGAUGACAACAUGGACGAAGGUGAUGAUGCUGCUGAUGGGCAGAUUCUCAACAUUCCACGUAUUCCUCAGCAUCCAUUGGUGGGAAUUUCGUUUUCUCCUUAUAAUGCCCUGGCCCUCAUCUGCCCUGCUAUUGGGAAUUCCAAAUUAAAACCCAGGCUGAGAUUGCCUGAGAAGGGAGCAAGACUGCUAAAGAGGAACCUGGAUUCCUCUGUUGGUGUGAUACUGCCCACUUCCAGCACCUGUGCCAAUGAGAUCAUGUUGCCACCUACAAUUCUGUAG